AGUAAUCUAUUCCAUAUUUUAUCUGUGGUGUAAUAUCAUUCCGGUAUCGGUGUCAAAAUUGAGUUCCUACAUUUAUAUAUUCGAAAGUGUUUUUAUAAAUAUUUUUAUUUCAAUUCAAGUUCUAUAUUUAUGUUAAAAAAAAAUGAUAUUUUAAAUUAUGUUGAUUUUUAGUAAUGAAAUUAUCAAAAAAGGCAAUCUUAAGAAAUAUAAUGUAAUGGUUUGAAUAAAAUAGCUAAGUGAAACGAAGGUUAGAAUGAGAAGUAUUGUUAACAUUUUGAAAAUCUUUGUCGCUUUUUUUUAUGAUUAUGCACGAGGAUUAUCAUACACUAUUAUUACGAUUUUGGUUUUGGGUUAUUGUUUACACCCGGCUCGAUUUGCUUCACAUUAUACUUUCAUAAAAACAGAAGAUAUUUACGAUGAAAUGGAAAAAUCUUAUCCAGCAAGGGAUAAUUCAUGCACAAUCACGAUCAAUCAUCAAAAAUCUCAAUUGCUUUAUCCCGAAGAACAUCCUCGAGAAGAUCCUAUAGCAAUGGCGCGACGAUUAGGUAUAUUACCUGGCGGACAAUGGAAACCAUUAAAUUGUCACCCUCUUUUCAAUGUGGCUAUUAUUUUACCAUAUAGAAAUCGUCAAACACAACUUACUAUUUUUAUGAAUUAUAUUCAUCCUUUUCUACAAGCCCAAAAUCUUGAUUAUAGAAUAUUUGUGAUAGAACAAAGUCCAAUGCGUGAAUUUAAUCGUGCUAAACUUUUCAAUGUUGGAUAUGCAGAAGCAACUAAAGUAAAUGACUUUCACUGUUUCAUCUUUCAAGAUGUAGAUCUCAUACCUCAGAAUCCUGACAACAUUUAUGCUUGCACUAAGAUGCCCAGACAUAUGAGUUCAAGUGUAAAUACAUUUCGUUACAAUUUACCAUAUAGUGGUUUAUUUGGAGGUGCAAUAGCAUUAACUCGAAAACAAUUUGAAAGAGUUAAUGGAUUUUCAAAUGUUUUCUAUGGAUGGGGUGGAGAAGAUGAUGAUUUUUACAGCCGCUUACAAUCAAAAGGUUUUCAAGUUACACGUUUUGGACCUGAUAUUGCUCAGUAUUAUAUGUUAGUACACAAGAAAGAAUCUCCAAGUAGUGCUAGGUUUGAAAAUCUUGAAAAUAGUGCUAAAAGAUAUGAUACUGAUGGAAUUAGUAAUUUAGAAUACAGAGUUCUGAAUCAUCAACUAAGGCCAUUGUAUUCUUGGAUUUUAGCAGAUGUUUAGUUUUGGUGGUUUAUCUACAUGGCAAUCUUUUGGUAUACUGUACUGCAUCAAAGCACGAUAUUGGUCCUGCAGCAUCAGUACUCCCUGAAACAGAGAAUUUCAGUGUUAUCCCGUCCAAUAUCCUCCCAAAGCAGUUGUUUAUCCCGUAAACUUUCUUCUUGGUUGACGAAAUUAUUAUUUUUUUUUUCUACUUCAUAGCUUUCCGUCUCGAAUGAACAGUAAAGAAAAUGUCUUGGUCUUAACGUGGGCCAUUCCACACGACUUGCGGACCGAUUACAUAAUAUGUAUGUAUAUUAUAUAUAUAUAUAUAUAUAUAUAUAUAUAUGUGUGUAUAUAUAUAUAUAUGCGUGAAAAUUUUUUUUUGAUCAAAAAAUCGAAUUUAUGAAAACAAGCAAACAUACAAUAAUUUGUUUGCAUAUAAAUUUAUGCGAACAAGAAAAAAAAUCGUGCAUCAAAAUUUUCAUUCUUUUAAAAUGCUUAACCAAUGAAUAACUGCAUCGAAAGAAUAAAGUUAAAAUAGUAAAAGCAGAUUUAAAUAUAAUAAAAAAGAAGCAUUUUAUGUAAUAUCAUGAACGUAGCAAAAUAUAAUUUUUAAAAUAAAUCAUGCCGAAUAGAAUAUCUAUAUUGUAUAUAGAAGAUAAGACGAUUGGAAUGACCCUCCUCCAAUCUUCAUUGUUAGUCCACAAACUUUUAUGAUAGAUAGAGGAUAGGUAAAAAGCUCGCGGCGCGGCCUUUCAAUAUAAUGUAAUUUUAUAAUCCAAUAGACGGAAUUGCGAGCGAGUUAUAAGAAAAAUCUGCAAAGUAUAUGGGGACUCCUAGAUAAAUAAUUAGGUACGGUAGAUUGAAGUAGCCUUUUUUGAUAGGUGCACAGCCAUGGCCAUGGGGAAGGCCAAAGGGCUGCGUUACCGUGCCUUGCCGCCACGGGGCGUCGGUGGCACGCGUACAACGCAUCGGUUGGGUAUCUGGACUGAACUUCUUUCUACCUGUUUCAUCUCCAUCCACCGUGCGGCCUCCUGAGUCGCGUUAAACUCGACGAAUGCAAAACCUCGCGAAGCACCUAUACAGAGCAAAUACACACAUAUCCAAAGUUAAUCCACGUUUUGCCUGGGAGUCUCUACUCUGAGAGGGCAGGCAAUCACAGCACCAACCAUUGACAGACUGAGUUUCGAACGAAGUAUUUUCUUCGCUUCGUCGCUUGCUUUCAUUUCCAUUUGCCUAAAGCUCAGCAGAAUGAAUUCUACACGGGUGACAGACGAUUUCUUUGGUAUCUUUACGCGAACUUUAGUUUACUUUAAUGAUAAACCUACUAAAAUCUUUUAGUCUCC